CGGUCAAGCACGCAACGCGAAGUAUUGAUAUUUAAUGAAGAUCAUCGACAUACGCAUACAGCUCGAACAGUAUAUACGGCAAGACCAUUGCUAAGGAAUGGAAGGCAAGUCAGCGCGACUGAGAAUCAAGCAAGUCCGGAGUAAGAUCAGAAAAGCCGAUGUUUUCAUUUUUCCCCCCACAGUGACCCCAUUUCGACCCGGUCCAUGGUCAUCAAGACGAUGUCCACAAACGCGACCCAGGGUCCGCAAGCGAACAAAGGGUGGGAGAGACGAAGUAUAUGAGGGGACGCUCAACGAAUGGAUGAACUUGUUGUCGUCCCGGACGAGAUACCGGGGAAGUACACUCACCUAUACAGCACGACGACGUGAUAGCUACUGAAAGCGAGCAAGACCUAGAAGACAGAAAGGUCAGCAACACGUCGUGCGAAGACGAUGGAUAGGAGAGAAG